AGUUUAGAUAGGAGCUGGAUCACGAUAACACACCCCACCUUUCUCUUUGAUCUCUCUCUCUCUCUCUCUCUCUCUCGCUCUCUCUCCCCCUCGCUCUCUCCACAAAAUUUCAUCUUCUUCUCUUAAUGAAUUCAAUUUACCGCAAUAUAAUUGUAGGAUUCUCCAGACCCUAGAAAUUUCUUAGCCUUUGACUCGGGUUCUUGGGUAUUGACCUUCAAAGAAACACAAUAGUUUGAAUUGUACUUAUCUUAUUAAUGGUAAAGUUAUUUCUUUUGAUUUCUACUUAUAUUUCUUACAGUUAUUGUCAUUUCUAGAUUCUAAUUGGCAUUGAAGUAGAAGAAAUUUAUUUAUUUUUAGAGUCAAUUAGGAAUUAGAAUGGAAAGCCAAGUUCUUGAAUUUGAUAUAGGAUUAGGAGGUGGAGAUGAUGAUGGAGUGGACAUUGAUCAAGCUGUCGAUGAUGAGGAUAUGCCUGACAGUGAUACUCUUCCUCCCACUGUUUCUCUUACUGGUUCUGCCACUGGUGAUAUUUACCUUCCUGAAGGUGAUCUUUUGGACCUUGAACCUUACGAGGGUAUGGAAUUUGAGUCUGAAGAGGCGGCCAAGGCCUUUUACAAUUCCUAUGCUAGGCGUGUCGGUUUUAGCACCCGUGUCAGUUCUUCCCGACGCUCCAGGCGUGAUGGUGCUAUUAUUCAGAGACAGUUUGUUUGUGCAAAAGAGGGUUUUAGAAAUUUGAAUGAGAAACGCACUAAAGAUAGAGAAAUCAAGCGCCCUCGCACCAUUACUAGAGUUGGAUGCAAAGCAUCCUUAUCUGUCAAAAUGCAGGAUUCUGGGAAAUGGGUAGUCUCUGGAUUUGUUAGAGAGCACAAUCAUGAGCUUGUCCCACCUGAUCAGGUGCACUGCCUCCGUUCUCAUAGGCAAAUCUCAGGUCCUGCUAAGACCUUGAUUGACACAUUGCAGGCUGCUGGUAUGGGCCCCCGUAGGAUUAUGUCUGCAUUGAUAAAGGAGUAUGGUGGAAUUAGCAAGGUUGGUUUUACAGAGGUUGAUUGUCGGAAUUAUAUGAGGAAUAAUCGCCAGAGGAGCUUAGAAGGAGACAUCCAGCUACUUCUGGAUUAUUUGAGGCAAAUGCAUAAUGAAAACCCCAAUUUCUUUUAUGCAAUGCAAGGGGAAGAGGAGCACUAUACUGGCAAUGUGUUCUGGGCUGAUCCCAAAGCCAGGACUAACUAUACUUACUUUGGGGACACUGUUACAUUUGACACAACCUAUAGGUCCAACAGGUAUCGGUUGCCCUUUGCACCAUUCACGGGUGUAAAUCAUCAUGGACAGCCUGUUUUAUUUGGUUGUGCUUUCCUCAUAAAUGAAACUGAAGCCUCAUUUAUCUGGCUUUUCAAUACAUGGCUUACAGCAAUGUCUGGUCGCCAUCCUGUGUCUAUCACCACUGAUCAUGAUGCGGUGAUAAGAUCCGCCAUCAUGCAGGUUUUCCCAAACACCUGUCAUCGGUUUUGUAAAUGGCAUAUCUUCAAGAAAUGCCAGGAGAAAUUAUCCCAUGUGUUUCUGAAACACCCAAGUUUUGAGGCGGACUUUCAUAAAUGUGUUAACUUGACUGAAUCGAUUGAUGAAUUUGAAUCUUGCUGGUUAUCACUUGUUGAUAGAUAUGACCUCCGGGAUCAUGAGUGGCUUCAAACGGUAUAUUCAGCUCGCCGGCAGUGGGUCCCAGUAUAUUUGCGGGAUACUUUUUUUGCAGAGAUGUCCAUAACACAGCGAAGUGAUAGCAUGAACUCAUACUUUGAUGGUUAUAUCAAUGCCUCGACAAAUCUAAAUCAGUUCUUUAAGCUGUAUGAGAAAGCUCUAGAGAGUCGGAAUGAAAAAGAAGUGAAAGCAGAUUAUGAUACAAUGAACACUUCACCAGUUUUGAAGACCCCAUCUCCUAUGGAGAAACAAGCAUCUGAGCUUUACACUAGAAAGUUAUUUAUGAGAUUUCAAGAGGAGCUGGUAGGGACACUAACUUUCAUGGCAUCUAAAGCAGAAGAUGACGGGGAAAGCAUUAUGUAUCAAGUAUCAAAGUUUGGGGAAGAUCAUAAAGCUUACUAUGUUAAAUUCAAUGUUUUGGAGAUGAAGGCAGCUUGUAGUUGCCAGAUGUUUGAGUUCUCAGGCCUUCUAUGCAGACAUGUGUUGGCAGUCUUCAGAGUGACCAAUGUGCUUACUCUCCCAUCUCAUUAUAUUUUGAAACGGUGGACAAAGAAUGCCAAGAGCAGUGUUAUAUUAGAAGAACGUGCUACUGAUGUAUAUACUAAUUAUCUGGAGUCUCAUACUGUUCGAUAUAACACCCUACGCCAUGAGGCCUUUAAAUUUGUAGAUGAAGGUUCUAAAUCACUAGACACGUACAAUGUGGCAGUGAGUGCCCUGCAAGAGGCUGCAAAAAGAGUUUCACUUGCAACAAAGAAUGAUGUGAGAAGUAAUAUGGUGAAUGGUCGUGGUAGGGGAGACUUGGCGAGUAAUGGAAGUAGGGCAAAUGUUUCCAGUGGGAGUGGGAAUCAUCUAGGGAGAUCUGCCCAACACUUCUCCGAGGAUGAAAUGGACAAGAAGAUCCAGGAACUUAUCCAUGAGCUAGAUUAUGCAAAUCGAAAAUGUGACAUUUAUAGGGCUAACCUGCUCUCAGUCUUAAAAGACAUUGAGGAUCAUAAGCUACAGUUAUCUAUUAAAGUACAAAACAUAAAGAUUAGUAUGAAAAACAGUAUAUAAGAUGAAAGUUGAAUGGUGAAAUGCAUAUCCUCACUUUUGCAAAUCAAUUUUCAAGGCCAUGUGCUUCACCAUUCUCUGAAGCUGUUCACUUUUUGGGUAGUUUAGAUUUUGUUAGAUCUUUUUACUUUUAUUUUCCUCCUGUACAAUGAAUGUAUUAAUCAUCUUUAAUGAAAUAUUGUGAAGUGAUAUCUAAAACCCCUUUUCUUAUUGGGGCAGAAA